GAAACGGGCCCUGUCCCCCCAACCCCCCACAGAUGCCUUUCAGAGCCGCUUUCCCGGAUGCCCGGGAAGCAGGUGCAUCUCCUGGGUGUGCCAUGUGCUGGAGUCUAUUUCGGUAUGCCGGGAAGGCCGGGCCCUGCCCCGCCCCAGCCUGGGACUGGCACCAGCCACGUGACCUCGGCCAUGUCCUGAAGCUCCCCCACUUGUGCAGCUGCAGCCCCGUGGAGCUGGGCUCGGCCCCAGAGGGGGAGCAGACGACCUUCAGGGGAGGCUGUGACCCAUGGGGACGCCUGCGGGAGGGACAGUGUCCCAGCCCCCGGCUGCGCACAGCGCCCCGGAGAAGCCGGCCAGCACGGCGAUCCUGUGCAACACGUGUGGGAAUGUGUGCAGGGGUGAGGUGCUGCGGGUACAGAACAGGUACUUCCACAUCAAGUGCUUCGUCUGCAAGGCGUGCGGCUGUGACCUGGCCGAGGGUGGCUUCUUUCGUGCGCCAGGGCGAGUACAUCUGCACGCUGGACUACCAGCGCCUGUACGGCACCCGCUGCUUCUGCUGCGACCAGUUCAUCGAGGGCGAGGUGGUGUCGGCGCUGGGCAGGACCUACCACCCCGACUGCUUCGUCUGUGCCGUCUGCCG